AGAAGGCUUAGAACGCACGUUUCAUGAAGCAAGAGUAAGAAAAUAACGACGUCGUACGUAGAACCAUGGCAAAACCCUAAGCUUGCAUACAAUUACAAACAGAGAGACAAGUAAAGCCUCUGCAAAAACAAUGGAGGAGGCCACGCAAGAAAACGGCGAAACCAGCGUCGAAGAGCGAGUCAAUUCUCCGCCCAGAGGUCUCUCAAAAACCGCGCAAAAGAAGCAAUUGAAACAACAGAGGUACGAAGCGAAGAAGGCGGAGAGGAAGGCCCGGAUGAAGGAAGAGAAGAAGAGAGAAGGCGAGAGAAAGCGAAAGGAAUGGGAAGAGAAGCUGGCCAGUGUGACGGAGGAGGAGAGGUCAAAGUUGAUCGAGUCGAGAAAAGGGAUGAGGAAAGAGAGGAUGGAGAAGCGGUCAGAGGAAAGAGAAAAGAAGAUCCAGAGAUUGAACGAAGCCAAAGAGAAAGGUCAAAACAUUGUUAUCGAUCUUGAAUUUUCUCAUCUCAUGACUGCUAGUGAAAUUCACAGUCUUGUUCAGCAGAUUAUGUAUUGUUAUGCAGUAAAUGGAAGGUGUGCUACUCCCGGUCAUCUGUGGUUAACAGGAUGCAAGGGAGAGAUGGAGAGCCAAUUGAACAGGCUUCCAGGGUUUGAUAAAUGGAUAAUUGAGAAGGAAAAAGGAUCGUACAUUGAAGCAUUGCAAGAUCGGAAGGACGGCCUUGUGUAUCUUACUGCUGAUUCAGAAACCGUGCUGGAUGAUCUGGAUUUAAACAAAAUUUAUAUUGUUGGUGGGUUAGUAGAUAGGAACCGAUGGAAGGGUAUAACCAUGGCGAAAGCACAAGAGCAGGGAAUUCAAACAGCUAAGCUCCCAAUAGGAAAUUACUUGAAGAUGUCCAGCUCUCAGGUCCUCACUGUGAACCAAGUAAUAGAGAUACUCCUCAAGUUCUUGCAAACAAGGGAUUGGAAGGCUUCUUUCUUUCAAGUAAUUCCUCAGAGGAAAAGAUGCGAAGCUGGUUCGGAAGACAAUUCAGAGGAACAGCAAGGAGAAGAAGAUGGUGGGGAGUCAGAGGAGGAAGACUAUCAGUCUGAGAGAAAAAAGAAGUGUGUCGAAGCUACAGCUUCUGAUAACUGACUGGAAAAUUUUGCAGUCUUAACCAUGUUUGUGUUUGUAAUACUGGAAACCAAUUAGUGAAAAAUGAUUCUUUGGUCCUUGGUGACCAGUUUUGAAAAGUUUAUAGCAUCCCCUUUUCAUGUGGCAUUGAGCAUGCCAUCGCCCAACCUUUGUUAAGCAGUAGGUUUUAAAGAGUGAAAACAUAGAAGAAUUAGUGGAUUGUCAUGGAUAUUUGGUGAGUCUGCAAGGUUAAAAUGACAUAUGAGGUUGUUUAUUAUCUUACA